CUGACAGCCUCAGGAUCUGUAGAACCCUCUCUGUCUGUAGUUCCCAGACAGAGCCUCGGCUUUUCCAAAGAUGGCCUGGAGACAGCUGUUCCUGAUCUCCUGCCUCUCAGCCGUUGUGCUCCUGUCCAUCCUGCGGGAGGGGACAGCUGUGUCAGUGGGCACCAGGCGGUUGGCAGGACAAGAGGUGCAGGAAGGCGUGGAAGAGAAGGUUUUCAUGCAGGAAUCAGAUGCCUUGAAUUUCCUCAAGAAGCGAGGCAAGCGGUCCCCCAGAUCCCGAGAAAAGGUCAAUGCGGAGAAGAGGCUGAAGCUGCAGGCGGACGAGCUAUGGAGAGAACAUCACGAGGAACAAAGGAACGAGUUUGAGAACUUUGUGGAGGAGCAAAACGAUGAACAUGAAGAGAGAAGCCGGGAGGCCAUCGAGCAGUGGCGCCAGUGGGAUAAUGACGGCCUGUACCCAUCCUAUCUCUACAACCGCCACCAUAUCUGACCUCAGCCCGAUGCACCCAGAAGAUGGCACUUGACACACCCGCCCACCCUCGGUAUUCGGGCACCUCUUUUGCAUACAAACAAGCCCCUUCCCAGUGCCUCAGCCUGGGGCCUUCUGUUCUCGUGGACAGAAAUGCCCUGGCUUGCGCUUCUGGGCAGGUGAAUUUCUGAGGUGAGCCAAGGCCUGUGGGGCCUCCUGGCAUCACCCCAUGGUGGUUUCCCACUGCUUCGCUAUGGUUCCCACAGUGAGACUCCUGGCCCAUAGAACAAUGAAAGAAUCACAGUAGAGAGAAAAGAUCACGUGUCUGCUUAUAGUUUCUGAAUAAAAACGCUGAGUCAA